CGAAAACUGGUCAAGCAACUUAAACGCAAUUGUUUAAGGCCAGUGGGAAAUUCACAAUCAACUGUUUAGUUUCAUUUCUACAAUGUUCAUCUACAGACUUGUGUUUAUUGCGCCUCUAAUAUUACUGCUCAGCUUGGCUAAGGCUCGCCACCCCUUUGACAUAUUUCAUUGGAACUGGAAAGACUUUCAGGAGUGUCUACAAGUUAAUAAUAUUACAAUAGGGGAAUAUGAGAAAUACGCGCGACUUGAGACUCUGGAUUAUCUGCUCAACGAAAAAGUCGACUUGAGGUACAAGUGCAAUAUUAAAUGCCAGCUAGAACGAGAUUCAACGAAAUGGUUGAAUGCCCAAGGUAAAAUGGAUUUGGAUUUGAUGAAUACCACCAUUGAUGCAUCGAAAUCCAUCACCAAAUGCAUGAAGAAGGCUUCCGAAGAACCUUGUGCCUACAGUUUUAGACUGGUGAUGUGUGCAUUUAAAGCCGGCCAUCCCGUGAUUGAUUCGGAAUAAGUGUCAAUUAUUUACAAUAAAUAUGUGGAAGCAAGCAAAUUACUACUAUUUUCACAUAUAACUCACAAGAAUGUGUCUAUUUGAAACGAAUGAUUUGUAGAGUUUAUAGACUAACCAAAAUUAAACGGCAAUUGUUAUUAGAGCUCUGUUAACUCAACGAGUAAUUAGUUUUAAGUGAAACAAAAAAUUUUCGCAUAUAUGAUCUUAAAUUAUGUGUACAUAAAACCGAGGAAAAAUAUUGA